CAGUAGUUACUUUAAGAGUUUAGGGGUCCUUGUUCCACUGCAUUGUCAGUAAAAAUAAAUUAUCUCUGUAGAAAUUCAGUAUUUUCUCCUUCAACCUAUCUCCCAAUAAUGCUGUUUGCUAUUUAAGUAUCAUUGCUCUAUGCUAAGGAAUAUUAGGAGCCUCUAGAAGCUCGAGCCCAGUGGUCCCUAUGGCCUGGCUGCUAGAAUGCAGCCUGGUGUGUGGGAGCCUCAGUCUUCGAUGGAUGUACCUGCUGCUUUCACCUCCCAGAGACACAUACCCAUGCCCAAAGGACACAGACACGGCUGGCUACAUGGAUGUCAGUGCCUUCAUCAGGACCUGCACAUGGGGCUCACAGGAGAUACAAGUGCAGGUCACUCCUGACAGGGACAGAAGGUCAACAGUGUAGGAUGUGCAUGACUUUCUCUCCAUGUUCACGUUUGUGCAUUCCUGGAGCACCAUCAUGGCCCUUCUGUCCCCACAGCACCCCUGCCCAGAUUGCUGGCCUCUUACUGAGCCCAUGGGUCUCCUACUUGCUGGCUGGGCCAGCUUGAGGUUUGGCAGUGAACACCUGCACUCCCCACACACACUGUUUGGGGAGGAUACAGACAUUUGCCCCCAGCAAUCAGUUGGACAAGUGUGCCCACCAACCUCAUUUUAAACAGGACUGGCCCCUUUUGCAGCCCACAUCAUCCACUCCUCUUUUGCGUUCCUCCCUAACCUCUCUCUCUGCACACCCCCCAUGUGUUUGCACAGUGAACCUGACAACACCCUGGACUCUCGGCUUUACAGCCCCAACCACUGCAAAGUCACGGUUUGCCUGUGGUUUCUCGGCAGCCCAUCAGUGUGAAAUGUCUACUUUAGCAAAGGUCCAAUGUCCUUUCAUUUCCUUAAUCACUGGAAUGAUGACAUCUAGUGGUGCAGGCUUUUCAUUUCAGAAAAUGGAAAUCUGGGAGUCUACAUCUCUGUGGAAGUCUACAUUUAUUCCGUUCUCACAGUAGUUAUUUAAAAUUUUAUAUUCUAUGGCUAGACUAGUCCUUAUGUACUAAGGCUAUUCUGACAUUAAAUCAUUAUUCCUUGCUUUUUGGCUGACAGUUCUUGGAAAUACAGGUAGACGUCAAUUAGUAAUAAAAAAAUACGUUUUCAGCCAGGAGAACACUUGUCAAAAUGUGAAGCCUUGAGUACUUCUAGAAUGAAAUGAAAAGACAAAUAUCACAACUCCAUGCUCCAAUAAAAAAAAUAACAUUUACAAGAGGUUGGGAUGUUGCUUGUCAAAGACAGGUUGGUAAGGUGUGAAUCAAAAUGUUGAAUGCUCACGAAUUGAGUUGUGCUUGCGAUGCACUACUGAAAGGUAUUUGGAAAAGCAGCCAUGGGAAAUCUGUGGUAUUUUUAGUAACUGGAAUAGUUUCUGGAGUGCUGCUUCAGUGAGAUGUGAAAGGAUUAAGCAAUGGAGGUGCAUGAGAAGGUCACGGAUCAUUUCUUAACUGAAAGGGUCUGGAGCAGUAGAGACGCAAGAGAAAAGUUGCUACCACACGGGAAUAGUAGAGAUGCAGAUAAUAAAGAUAAGCUAUAGUGGAGGAGGGUGAGAAACAAGACUAUUUGAGAGGCCACUUGGAAGUGUUUAGUGCUGGAAGGGGAGGAGGAAGACAUCUGCCUCUCGAGGAAGCACUGUAAUGGGUGAUGUCUGUAAAGGACGUGGCUGUGUAACGUGGGCCUGGAGAGGCACAGCACAAGGAGCUCUUGCAGGACUGCCAGAGCACGGGGGAGAAUGCCUCUGGCAGCCCUGCAGUGUCUGGCUUUUCUCCCCGUGUCUCUGCGAAGGCACAGCCCCCUAUCCCAGCAGUUGAACCCCAUGCAGUCCCCGUGGCUACGGCCACAGCCAGCCUCGGGCCCAGGGGCAGGAAGGCUCCAGUGGUGACAGCGUAGAUAGCAGAGCCGCAAGUAGCUCCGGGCUCCGUGUCCAGACCCCACAAGCCAGCACCCCACUGCGGUGCUCCAGCCAGGCGGGGCCCGCGGGCGGCCCGAGGGUCGCUCCUUGUGGGGCGGCCGAGCCGCCAGCCGGGCCAGGGCCGCUGUGGGCGCGGCCCGGCUGCAGAGGCAGGUGCGGGCCCCCUGACGGGCGCUGCGGACGGAGCGCCGAGCUCCCGCCCGGAGAGGAAGGGAAAGGGGACAGCACAACGCUUUUGGGAUGCCGGGAGGCGCAGCAGCUGAGCCGAGCUGCCCGUCUGCGGUGAGAAGGAAUGAGUGCCACAUCAGCCACAAGCUGUGCCUUGCCACUGUCGCUUGGGCCUGAGCAAGAGGAGCAAGAGGAGCAAGAGCACUCGGAGACACAUAUGUCUGUUUUGUGGUAUGCAGGGCAGCUGGCAAUUACUUACUAUGAUACAGAAGACUGCUCAGUCUACUUCAUGCCUGAGACACCUGAUAAUGAAGACCUCAAGCUACUGCAAAAAGUGAUUGGGGAACUUAACCCUCAAUGCAUAGUGACCAGUGCAAAACAGGACCAGAAUAUUGCCAAAUUCCUGACCAACCUAACAGCUACUGAUGGUGAUAAAGACAUGCGAAAACCAGAAAUUGUCCUGUUUCCUAACAUAGAUUUUGGUCUGGAAGUCAGCAAGCAACGGAUCCUGUCUAGGCAAUUUCCUUUUAUCCCAUCUCAUAUGACUGCCACUGAGAAAAUUCUCUAUUUGUCCUCAGUCAUCCCUUUUGAGAGUCCACUCAUGAUACGAGCCUUAGGGGGCCUCCUUAAAUUUCUAGACAGAAGAAGGGUUGGAGUUGAACUCGAAGAUAGCAGUAUAGCAGUUCCUAUUUUGGCCUUUAAAAAAUUUGUGCUGUCAGAUACUGUGAAUAUGGACCAAGACACUUACUGUGUCCUGCAGAUAUUUAAAAGUGAUAUCCAUCCUUCUGUGUACAAGCUGUCCAGUGGACUAAAAGAAGGAUUCAGCUUAUAUGGAAUUUUAAAUCGUUGCAGAUGCAAAUGGGGAGAAAAACUGCUGAGGCUGUGGCUCACACGACCUACCCGGAACCUGACAGAGCUGAACAAACGGCUGGAUGUUAUCAACUUCUUCCUUCAGGCUCAGAACCAUGAAACAGUCCUUACUCUUCAAAACUGCCUCAAGAAUAUUAAAAAUGUGCCUCUUAUUUUAAAGAGAAUGACUCUUUCCAAUACAAAAGUUAGUGACUGGCAAGCACUGUAUAAGACGGCAUACAAUGCAGUGUGCCUUAGAGACACGUGUCGUUCUCUGCCCAGCACUAUUGAACUUUUUCAGACUAUUUCAUCUGUCUUCACUGAUGAUCUGCACUACAUUGCUAACCUAAUUAGCAAAGUGGUAGACUUUGAAGGCAGCCUCUCAGAGAACCGCUUCACUGUUAGACCCAAUGUAGAUUCCACAAUUGAUGAGAAGAAAAGAAAGCUGAUGGGACUGCCAGGCUUCCUUACAGAAGUGGCACAAAAAGAACUGGAGACUUUGGACAGUCAGAUUCCCUCUUGUUCUGUGAUCUACAUUCCUUUGAUUGGGUUCCUCCUGUCCAUUCCACGCCUACCAAAUAUGGUGGAUAAGACUGACUUUGAAAUUGAAGGCUUGGACUUCAUGUUCAUGUCAGACAAUAAACUGCAAUACAGAAGUGCCCGGACCAAGGAGCUAGACAGCCUGCUGGGUGACCUGCACUCUGAGAUCAGAGACCAGGAAACACUCAUCAUGCACCAGCUGCAAACAAGGAUCUUGGAGAAGUCUGAAGUACUUAACAGUGUGAUUGAGUACACUGCACACCUUGAUGUGCUGCUAGCCUUGGCAGCGAUGGCCCGGGAGAACGCCUAUUGCCGACCUCGCUUUACUCACCGCCACGGCUUCCACAUCAAGGAUGGAAGACAUCCACUCAUGGAACUAUGUGCAAAGACUUUUGUGGCCAACCCUGUGGACAGCGGCGAGGCUACCAGACGAAUAAAGAUCAUCACAGGGCCCAACUCUUCUGGAAAGAGUGUUUACCUAAAGCAAAUAGGUCUUAUAGUGUUCAUGGCUCUAAUUGGCAGUUACGUCCCUGCAGCAGAGGCAGAGAUUGGAGUAAUUGAUGGGAUUUACACAAGAAUCCACAGUAGGGAAUCAGUUUCUGUAGGGCUCUCCACGUUCAUGAUUGAUCUUAACCAGGUUGCCAAGGCUGUAAACAAUGCCACAGAGAGGUCCCUAGUACUUAUUGAUGAGUUUGGUAAAGGGACCAACACAGUGGAUGGCCUGUCCCUUCUGGCUGCUGUCCUGAGGUACUGGAUCAGACAAGGAACACAGUGUCCACAGGUCUUUGUCUCUACUAAUUUUCACAGCUUGAUGCAACUAGAACUCCUGCCUGACACACCUCUUCUGGAGUACCUGACCAUGGAGACCCAUCAGGAUGGAGAGGAGUUGAUAUUUUUCUAUCAGAUCAAAGAGGGCGUGUCCACAAUUAGUCACGCUGCCAAUAUUGCUGCAUUAGCAGGAAUGCCAGCCAAAAUUAUUGAAAGAGGAGUGGAAGUAUCAGAACUGAUCCGCAAUGGAAAGCCUAUCAAAUGUCUUGAUCAUCCUGCAAAAGGUGAUAGGAUGGAAAAAUGCAAGUCUGUUGUGGAAAAGUUUCUUAGCAUAGACCUUGACGAUCCCCAAGUGGACUUAGAAGAAUUCAUGUCUAAAGAGGUGUUGCCUUCUGCGGCCUCAGUCCUGUAGCAAGGGUAUGUGUAAAUGCAUAGAGUGCACCAUAUCUACCAUGGAGAGUCUGGUACUUCAGAGAAUGAUCACUGUGACAUAACACCUCACAGGACAUUUAGCUUGUAACAAACUAUCUGCAGUUAUGUCCUUCCUUCUUCUUGUUUAAACCAAGUACUUACAUAUCCCUGCUAUAUGGUGUAUCAUAUAAGUUUUUGAAGAGGAAGAAUUUUAGGAACCUCUUCCAGCUACUGGGUUACCCAGUUUGUGUAUUUUCUGCCCCUAUUGUUGGAACCUCAGAUUAAAAAAAUAUACUGUAGAAAAAUCACAACACAUUUCUACUGGUCUUAGAAGACUGUUAAAAAAAUUUGUUUAUUGUUUUGUAUUGUGCCAAAGUGACGGUUUAAGCCACUUUAGGAUCAGCAUCAAAGAUUCCAAAUAAGUAUGUGGCUCAGACUCUUGUACCAACAACUAACAGUUGUCAAAGUACAAACCACUGACACAGAGGCUGAUAAGGGACAAUGCAAAGGGAUUUAAUGGCUCUAUGGCUUUUCUUUUACCAGCUUUUCUAUCCAAAUGCCAGAGAUCCCAGCAGUUAUUAAAAAAAGAAUGCUGGUGGUCAGAUUCAGUGAUAAAUAAAGUGCCUUGGUUUUACUAAGAACUGUUCUCUUUAAGGUCCUGUAUAAUGCAGUUGUAUUAAACGUACUAUGUGUCUAUGCCACAUGGGUAUAAAUAAAGGCAAAAUUACAAACCUAGGAAUGGAAGAGAGAAAUUCACAUUUUCUAUUCUAUUUUCAGUUAACAUUUGAGAAUUAAUACCACAAAGGGAGGAUUCCCUUUCACUUCUCUUGUCAUGCAAAGGAUCUUUAUUGAACACAGUAUUUUAUGUACACGUAUGCAAAAAAAUUCAUUAACAGAUUAAUGAUGGAAAAGCCAUAUCUAAACACCAUCAAAGCAAUAACCUUUCCUGUAGCCACACAAGUGCCUGAGAUUCCACAUGUAAAUAAGACAGAAGAGACAUUAGAUAGCUUAUUGUCUGCCAAAACUUCUCUAACCAUUUACAUUAUGGCAAAUAAAAGACAUACUACAUCUCUCAUCUAUAUGUAAUUUCAAGAAGCCAAAAAUAUUAAUGUCACAAACUGAGAGAAAAUUUACAUUAAAAAAAAUUGAAUCCCUUUAUAAUUAUCAGUAUUAAACAUGUUACCUGGUAUAUCUGGCUGAACAUAGCAAAAAGAUGAGUAUCAGCAUACCUCUAAAAGAUCUGAAAUUGGAGACACUGCUUUGGGUUUGUUUUGGAAUUUCCUCCUUGAUGAUGAAGGAAACUAUUAUUAUUACCAAAUAAGUACCUUAAGUUAUUUCUGUAUAAAACUGGAAAGUGACAGAAAUUCAACACAAUUUACAUUAAAAAAUACAAGCGUAAAUUA